AUGAGCGCUCAGCAAGUAAACGGUCGCGGUCGCGUCAAGAAAGUAAGACACCCGCAGAGAGCAACCAUCCUCGCGCGCUACGGCGACCGUUGGGCCGAGACUGCCGGUUCCUCGACGCCAGAGACGAAGCGCAAGCGCGUUGGCAUACUCAACGAGGCAGAGGCCUGGGUUUGGUUGACGUACGGCACGGAUGAACCUUGGCGGGAGAUCGGGGAGGAGGAGAACGACGCCCUUAUCGAUGCGGGGGAGUGGCUUGCGGCAGAUGGCGUCGUGAUGGACGUCGAGAAGUCUAAGCGUUCUGCUAUGCGGCAGGAUAUAUGCCGCGUGCUGCACAAAACGACGCAGAACAGAACGACGGAGAACGGGACGACGGAGGACCAGGCGUAG